AUGCUGCAGCUGAGCCUGUCCUGGCUGGGACUGGGGCCGCCAGCAGCCUCCCCGUGGCUACUCCUGCUGCUGCUGGGAGCCUCCUGGUUCCUGAUCCGCUUCCUGACCUGGACCUACACCACCUAUGACAACUCUCGCCGCCUCCGAUGUUUCCCGCAGCCCCCGAAGCGGAACUGGUUCUGGGGUCACCUGGGCGUGGUGAAGAGCAAUGAGGAGGGCUUGCGGCUGAUAGAGGAACUGGGCCACCACUUCCGUGACGUCCACCUCUGGUGGAUUGGGCCCUUCUACCCCGUCCUGCGGCUCGUUCACCCUAAGUUUGUUGCCCCCGUGCUCCAGGCCCCAGCUGCCAUUGUGCCCAAGGACAUGCUCUUCUAUGGCUUCCUAAAGCCUUGGUUGGGGGAUGGGCUUCUGCUGAGUGCUGGUGACAAGUGGAGCCACCACCGCCGCCUGCUGACACCUGCCUUCCACUUUGAAAUCUUGAAGCCCUAUGUGAAGAUUUUCAACAAGAGCACAGACAUCAUGCAUGCCAAGUGGCAGCGCCUGGCCUCAGAGGGCAGAAACCGUCUGGACAUGUUUGAACACAUCAGCCUCAUGACUCUGGACAGUUUGCAGAAAUGUGUCUUCAGUUUUGACAGCAAUUGCCAGGAGAAUCCCAGCGAAUAUAUUGCUGCCAUCUUGGAGCUCAGUGCCCUCGUGACAAAACGGUCCCAGCAGAUAUUCCUGCACAUGGAUUCCCUGUACUACCUCACUCCCGACGGGUGGCGCUUCCGCAGGGCUUGCAACCUAGUACACAACUUCACAGACGCCAUCAUCAAGAAGCGGCGCUGCACCCUCAUUAGUCAGGGUUCCCAUGUCUUCCUCAAAGCCAAGGCUAAGGCUAAGACUUUGGACUUCAUUGAUGUGCUUCUAUUGUCCAAGGAUGAAAAUGGGAAGGGACUGUCAGACGAGGACAUCCGAGCGGAGGCUGAUACUUUCAUGUUUGAGGGCCAUGACACCACAGCCAGCGGCCUCUCCUGGGUCCUGUACAACCUGGCAAGGCACCCAGAAUACCAGGAGCGCUGCCGGCAGGAGGUGCAACAGCUCCUGGGGGACCGGGAGCCUAAAGAGCUUGAAUGGAACGACUUGGCCCAGCUGCCCUUCCUGACCAUGUGCGUCAAGGAGAGUAUGCGCUUGCACCCCCCAGUCACUGUCAUCUCCCGCUGCUGUACCCAGGACGUCUUGCUUCCUGACGGCCGGGUCAUCCCCAGAGGAAACACCAGUGUCAUCAGCAUCUUUGGGAUUCAUCACAACCCGUCGGUCUGGCCGGACCCUGAGGUAUACAACCCCUUCCGCUUCGACCCAGCAACGCCCCAGAAGAGGUCCCCUCUGGCGUUUAUUCCGUUCUCAGUGGGGCCCAGGAACUGCAUCGGGCAGACGUUCGCCAUGGCCGAGAUGAAGGUGGUCCUGGCGCUCACGCUGCUGCGCUUCCGAGUCCUGCCCGACUCCGUGGAGCCCGAGCCGCGCAGGAAGCCCGAGCUGAUCCUGCGCGCCGAGGGCGGCCUCUGGCUGCGGGUGGAGCCGCUGAGCGCCGGCCCGCACUGA